ACCAUCGAACCCUGACAAGUUCACACUGCCAUUUGUCAAGUCAUCCCACUCUAUAUAUUUACGUCUUUCCUCUUUACCUUCUGUAGCCCAUUUCUCAAGUCCUGAUCUCUUCAAUCUCUUCAAAACCUCAUAAUACAAAAAAAAGCACACAAAAAUGGCCAACAAUAACAUUAAAGCUCUUCUCUUAAUAACCCUUCUUCUCUGCUCCACUCUAGCCUAUGCAGCUAGGCCGGAACCAGGGUUUUUUACUAAAAUUUCUGCCAAUACCGAACCUGGGGUUGCUGUGGAAGCAGAGCAAGUUGAGGUGGCGGAUAUUGAAAGCUGUGCAGGAGUUCAGGAAGAAGAGUGCCUAAUGAGGAGGACCUUGGCUGCUCACACCGACUAUAUCUAUACCCAGAAGCAUAAACCAUAAAAAAAAUAAUAAUAAUAAUUUUAGUUUGUCUAAAAUUAUAGCUAUUGAAUUUGUGGGUUACGUAAUACUUGUUAGUGACCAUAACAAGAUAUCUUCAUUAGCAGAAUUUACAAGUAUGACUUAUUUUUUUCUUCUUC